CCCAAGUCCCCAACCGUCGUUCUCAUCUUCUAGGGUUCUCGACUUCUCGGUCCUCACCAUUUACGCACGCCAAGAGCUCGCAAUCACCAUCUUCGUUCCGGCGUCGGCGUCACCAAUCGGCAGCAGAUCAAAAGUCAAGAGCAAAGUCAAUGGAGUCAAUAGCUUCCCAUGAUUCACAAUGUGAAAAACAAAAUGAAGCCCAAAAUGCAUCAAUUACUAAAGAAAGUAGGGUAAAGUCCUCAUCUUCUAGACCUAAGAGGAAGGAAAGGAGCGCACCUUCAACAAGAUCUGAGGUUUGGGCGCAUUUUACUAGAUUUACCAUUACUAAAGAUGAUGUUUUACUCCAUAAAGCUAGAUGUGAUCAUUGUGGUAGAGAAUUUGCUGCAAAUACUAAAAGUAAUGGUACAAGCUCUUUGAAAAACCAUUUAAAAAAUUGUGUGAGCUUUCCUCGUGAGAAAGGGGAUGAUGAUCAAACUGAGUUAAUAUGCGGAACAGUUGAUGGGGAGGGAAAUGUGCCAAUAACUUUGGGGAAGUAUAGCGCAGACGCACUUAGGAAGGGUAUAGCAAAAAUGAUUAUCAUCGAUGAACUUCCAUUUAAAUUUGUUGAGGGAAAGGGUUUUAGAAAGUGCAUAUCCAUUGCUGCUCCAAGAUUUAAAAUGCCUUCCCGAUGGACAGUUGCUAGAGAUUGUUAUGGAAUUUACUUAGAAGAACAAACUAAAAUAAAGAAGUUGUUUCAAGGUGCCCAAAAGUUUGAGAAAGCAUUUGACAGGUUUGAGGAUGUCGAGAGUAAUUACAUAACUGCUCUCAUUGAAGAUAAAGGGAUUCCUUCUCAUGAUGAUUGGGAAAUUGAUUUGUCCAAACUCAAGUUGGAUCCCGUUAUUGAUGCUUAGAGAUGUGAAGACAUUGAGAUCUUGAUUUUGGUAAUCCGAUUGAUGGUGAUGGGUGACAUCCAGUUCUGAUGGAAUUGAGCAGCGAAGUCAUGGGAGCAUUUUUAGUUUAUUAUUAUUUUGAACUUUUUAAAGCUCUACUUGGAUUGAUAUCAGUAUUAUUGUUGGCUUUUAUUAUUCAUUUUGGGGCUCUUCUUUUGUUUGUUUAAAUACUGUUUGACCCCUGAGAGAUAAUAUGUUUUUGUCAUUUUGGAGCUGUUAUAAUAUGUGUUUGCUAUUACUUUCCUUUAAAAAAUUUGAGAAAUAUUU